AUGCUGGCAAGGCAGGGUCUGCUAGAGCGCCUACCCAGUGAUGCCUCCACUGCCGGCAAUCUCGCGAGCGUGCGAGGACUCUCCCCUCUGCAGAUGCAGACAGACGCAGAGGGAGUAGAUCCCUUUGCAGCAGGGUCAACUGGUGGUGGGGGUGAUGAGUUGCCGCUUGGGUUUGCAGCAGCAGAGCCAGGUGUUUCGGCAGGUGGUUCUGGGGCUGUGGGCGAUGCAGCCUUUUCAGCCGGCAGCAACGCGCGACCGGCGUGGAUGGGAGCAUGGGAGGCACCUGAAACCAACGGUCAGGAUCCUCCGGAUGAGCUCCCUUCUUUCCUCAAGGAUAUCCAGGCAGGAGGGCUGUCGAUGCUAGGAGGAGGGGGGAGCGGGGCGGCAGCAGCAGCAGCAGCAGGGGGUGGGGGUGGAGGGACAGUAGCACGGCUGUCGUCAGUAGAAGGGAGGGAGUUGCAGAACCUGCUUCGGUUCGGCAGCAUGGGAGGGCUUUUAGCCCCUCCGCUUUCCAGACUAGGGUCCCUAGCAGCAGGGGGAGGGGCAGCAGGAGGUGUGGCAGGGGGAUGUGGGGGAGGAGGAGGGACAGGUGCGGGUGGAAAUGAGAGGGAGACAAUGGCACGGCUGUCAUCCGUGGAUGGGCGAGAGUUGCAGAACCUGCUUCGGUUCGGCAGCAUGGGAGGGCUUUUAGCCCCUCCGCUUUCCAGACUAGGGUCCCUAGCGGCAGGGGGAGGGACAGCAGGAGCGGGGGCAGCAGGGGGAGGAGGGGCAGGAGGAGGAGGUGGGGCGGGGGGUGGAGCGGGAAACGAGAGGGAGACAGUGGCACGGCUGUCAUCAGUGGAUGGGCGAGAGCUGCAGAACCUGCUUCGCUUUGGCAGUAUGGGGGGCCUUUUAGCCCCUCCACUCACUCGGCUUGGCUCACAGGCAGCAGCAGCAGCAGCAGCUGCUGCUACUGCUGGUGCUGCAGCUGGUGCAGCUGGUGCAGCUGGUGCAGCUGGUGCUUUACAGAGGCCAAGUCCUGAACGUUCCCCUGUAUACUCACCAGCAGCAGCAGCAGCAGCAGCAGCUGCAGCAGGUGCUUCUAGGCUGCAACGCACUGGCUCCCCUGUUUAUCGACCCUCCUUCUCGCCUCCUCGCCCUUCCCUCUCCCCACCCUCCCACCGCCCGCCCUCCCCUCCUGCUCCUCGUCCUCCCUCCCCGCCUGCUGCCCGCUCUCCCUCUCCACUUUCCCGCCCCUCUCUCUCGCCGCCCAAGCGCCGCCCGGGCUCCCCUCCAACCCAUCAUCUGGCUUUUGAGUCAACUCAAAUAUCAUCCCGCCCAGGCUCCCCUCCUUCGCAUCGUCUGGCGCGCAUUGACUCACUCACUUCCAACUCGCCUCUCACCUCGCCCACUCCUGUGGCAUGGGGGAAGCAGCGCGGUGGGUAUGGGGGUGGGGAUGACUUGGCUGAUGGGGGCCCUCCCCUCUCGCCCCCACCCCAGCUGGUCGCAGCACUCAGAGCAGCAUCAGAGUCACCCAUACCAUUCACACGAGGAGGGCAGCAGAGCAGGCAGGAGCUGGGGCCAAAUGAGCCACCAGAAGCACUCAUGACUGACACUGCUGUGGCUUUCAGCCCGGCCAGCCAGGCAGCAGGGGAGGCAGCAUGGGCAGAGACGGGGAGAAAGGAGAUCACCCAUGCUGCCACAGGCAGGCGCAUGGAGAGCGUGUACUGUGGGGUGGAUGGGGGAGAAGGAGGCGGGGGAGGCGGGGGAGGCGAGGGAGGGGAGGACGAGGAGAGAAGGGAGCGGAUGGAGGAGAGUGGUGGGGAGGGCGUAUUUGGGGGAAACCCAGGUGGAAAGAGGAGAAGAGGGCAGGGGCUGGGGGGAGGGGAGGGUGAGGGUUUUGGCAGUAAGAGGAGCUGUGCUGAGCCUGCUACAGCAGGGGCUGGGUGCGACUGGGAGGGGGAGGUUACCGGGCAGGUGACGGAAACUUUUUACGGGUUCCAUUUGGGGCACACCCCUCCAUCUCCCUCGUCUCUCUUCCGUUCUGCACCCACAGCCGCAGCUGCAGCUGCUGCUGUCACUGGUUCUGACACUCACUUACCAGCACGUGGCACCACCAAUGGCACGGCCAAUGGCACGGCCAAUGGCACGGCCAAUGGCACGGCCUCGAUGACAGGGUUACCAUGGACCCAUGAAGGGUGUGAGGCGCGUGCAGGGAGUGAAAAUCAACCGAUUCUUGAGAAUCCCCAACAGUCUCGUGGGGGGUUCGAGUCAAAUGGACUCUCCAACAUCCUGCGAUCUCCCCUCAACUCUGCUCCCAACUCGUCUCCCUCCACCCCUCUUCCCCCCUCCCUCUCGUCAUCCUCCCCUGCCUCUUCCAAUCUGCUCGCCCCACUCUCACGCUCCCUCGCUCGCCAGAGGCCCGUUGCCUCUCUCUCGCCAAACCGAGACUGGGAGCAGUUCGGCAGCUUCGAAGGAUUAGGGCGGUUUGAAGGGCAGGGAAUGCAAGACAAUUAG